AUGGCCUCUCGGCGGAUCACACGGGAGACGUUUGAUGCUGUGGUGCAGGAGAAAGUUAAAAGGUAUCGCAUGGAGCGGAGUGACGCUAUAGAGGACACGAUCCAUCAUUUUAAAGCUCAUUCGAGGCCAGUCCCAAGACCAAGAUACGAAGACAGUUUUCAUGAUGAUGGAAGAUUUGCUCAUGACAAUGCCCAGCACCAUCCACAUGAUGACUGGAGUGAAGACCCUAGGGAUGACUAUCCAGGACCUUCUUAUAGAUCUGCUAGUCCUCUCAUAAGGAAAGAUAACUAUUACCAUGAACAGUACGGCCACCCGGCGUCUCGUGACCGGGAAUUUGGCCGCCCGGCAUCUCACGACCGGGAGUAUGGGCGCCCAGCCUCGCAUGACCGGGAAUAUGGGCGCCCAGCGUCUCGUGACCGGGAGUAUGGGCACCCGGCUUCCCGUGACCGGGAGUAUGGGCACCCGGCUUCCCAUGAGCGGGAAUACGGCCGCCCGGCUUCCCAUGACCGGGAGUACGGAGGCCUGGCUUCUCAUGACCAGGACUAUGGCCCUCCUGACUCUUGGGAAUCCACCGGACCACAUGAGACUGACUUUAGCUCUUCAGAUAUUUUAGGAGAUUUUAGAUCCCCAGGACUCAUGGAAGAGGAAUAUGGCAACAUGGAGAAUCAGGAGUAUGAUGUGGACUUUGGAAUUCAGUCCGACAGCGAGUUCCGACCGCCGGUACGGAGGGGCAGCCUUGGCAGGGGAAGAGCUCUGCGAGGAAAGCGUAUCGCAAGGGGGGUUGUUAAAACUAAAGUGUUCAAAGGAGAUCUCAAAGCCCCUCCCCUCAAGAAGUGGAACACUAAAAAACUGCAGCCGGGCCCCGACCAGAAGCCGGCUAUGCAACCCGAUCAAAUGCCAGAAACCGCUGAGCGACCGAACCAGAGGCCGGUGACCGUCCAGCGCCUGAAUCAAAAGUUGCCUCCACGGCCUAACCAGAGGCCAACCAUGGCAACCCAGAGACCUAUUCUCAGGCUCCCAAAGCCGGCGCAUGUUUUCAGAAAUCUCAAUUUUGACCUUGUGGACAAAUCGGACAUUUUUUCAACCUUUGGAAUAGAAAUUAUCAAAUGGGCUGGGUUUCAUGCAAUAAAAAACGACGCAGAAUUUUCGCGGCUCUUUGGGGCUCUCUUUGAGCUAGAGACAGAAACCUGUGCAAAAAUGCUUGCGUCGUUCAAAUGCUCCUUAAAGCCAGAACACAGAGAUUAUUGUUUCUUUACUAUCAAGAGUUUACAACAUGCUGCUCUGAAAACUCCCAAAGUGGACAAUGAGUUUUUAAAUAUGCUCUUGGACAAGGGUGCUGUGAAGACAAAGAAUUGCUUCUUUGAAAUCAUAAAACCUUUUGAUAAAUACAUAAUGAGGCUACAGGACCGCCUCCUAAAAGGGGUUACGCCGCUGCUUAUGGCCUGCAACGCUUACGAAUUAAGCAUUAAGACGAGCGGGUUCGGUAACCCCAGAGAAAUGGCAAGUGCUUUUGAGACCACUGUUUCUCUUUGUCGUAAGUCCUUAGCACUUCUGGGUCAGACCUUCGCGCUAGCGUCUGUUUUCAGACAGGAGAAAAUCCUUGAAGCCGUAGGGCUCCAGGAAAUGGCUCCAGCACCAACACUGUUCCCAAACUUUGAUGAUUCGACCUUGUUUGGAAGAGAGUACAUUGAAAACUUGAAGGCUUGGUUGGAGAAAAGUGGAUAUCCAAUUCAGAUGAAAAAAACCGAACCAGAGGCCGCAGCACAGCUUAAAAAACCCUCUCCUGACACAACCGUUAAAACAUAAUACAAUGACUGCAUCUUAUUUCUUCCUGCAGCCCCCCAGCAAGCGGAUCGGAAAGUUGUAGAGACAAUUGAACAGCUAGUGAAUAGCAUCGUUUCGGGAACCUUGUCUGCCAAAGAAAGAAAUGCUCAAAAGAACUGUCCUGAAUAUUGGUUCUUGUCUGAUGAAGAUAGUCUAGAAUACAAGUAUUACAGACUGAAGUUGUCAGAGAUGCAGAGGCGGACUUCGUCUGGAAAGGAAGCGGGUGGUGAGGGCAGAACACUAGAAGAGUCUGCGACAGAAUCAGUCAGGGCCAUGUUGUACGCCAGGAAAGUCGCAAGUAUUAAGAGAAGGCUGUUUAAGAGGAAAAGGCUUGGAGCUAUCGCAGCACAUGGUGUUCGAGGAAGGAGGGUGAGGAGAGCAACCAUAGGGACACAGACUGUGCUUUCAGCUGGGACAGUGCUGAAGCACCAAGACAAGCGUCUUCAAGGUUCAGCCCAGCCCAAGCCUUCUGUGCCAGAACCCAGCCUGUCUGAGAAGAGCUCGUCCCUCGAGGCAACCUCAUCCUCCCAAUGUGCCACCAGUUCAGAGCUCGCUCUGCCAGCGGAAGAAAGGGCAGAUUCUGAGGAUUUCUUAGCGCCACCUGAACUUUUCCCACCGUUGUCCUCUCAGUUUCCUGACGUGGACGCCAAAACAAUGGAAACUGCCGAGAAGCUCGCCAAGUUUGUUGCUCAGGUCGGACCAGAAAUUGAGCAGUUCAGCAUAGACAACAGCGCAGAUAACCCAGACCUUUGGUUUCUACAGGAUCGAAACAGUUCUGCUUUCAAAUUUUACCGAAUGAAAGUCUAUGAGUUAUGUCCAUCUAUUAACUUCAGUGCUGUGUCAGAAGCGACUGAUGCUGGGGAAAGUGCUAAACGUGAAGAGAGAAAUUUGGAUGUUUCAGAAGAGGAGGAGGAGGAAGAAGAAGAAGAGGAAGAAGACAAUGAGGAGGAAGCUGAGUUUGAGGAGGAGGCAUCAACUCCUGCUCCUGGCGCCCUAUUUCCUCGCAAACGAAUCAGCAGCAAGUCUCUGAAAGUUGGUAUGAUUCCUGCAUCUAAAAGGAUUUGCCUCAUAGAAGAACCAAAAGUGCAUGAACCUGUCAGAAUUGCUUAUGAUAGGCCUCGUGGUUGCCCAGUCACAAAGAAGAAGAAGAAACCAAAAGACUUAGAAUUUUCACACAAGAAACUGACAAACAGGAACGUGGGUUUCCAGAUGCUUCAGAAGAUGGGCUGGCAAGAAGGACAUGGCCUUGGUACACGAGGAAAAGGAAUCAGAGAGCCCGUAAAAGUGGGUGCUACCUCUGCAGGGGAGGGCUUGGGUGUUGCAGGGGAAGAAAAUAAAGAAGAUGCAUUUGAUGUUUUCCGUCAAAGAAUGAUACAAAUGUACAGGCAGAAAAGAGCAAGUAAAUAG